AUGCGUAUGUUUUACGUUAGUUCCGUCGCUGUUUCGCGUCGAGGAACGUUUCCUCAACGUGCCCGACUUGACGUGUUCAACCAGAAAUAUCAUCAUAAAUAUCAGUACCAGUUACAACACAUUUCCUAGUGCAUAAAUCAUUAGUGGACUAUGACGUUUAACAUAAACAACGCAUUUACCGUGUGAUCUAACAUAUUCUUCCAUUUACAAUUAAAAAAUACACACGUAACUAUAAUAAAACGAAUGAAACAGGGCUCGAAAACUAAGUAGAAACGGUGUUUCUGUUGUCAACGCAUCAAGACGACAAUCGUGAACGUGAUAAAUAGAUAUCGUUGUUGGUUGAAGUGGAAUUGUGGGCACGGGAAGAUAUCGAAGAUCCAACGGGCGAAGGUAGAAAGAUUCGAAGAGAAGCACGAUGGACGAGGAGAAGAGAAGUUGAGUGUGCUUCGAGGUGGAAAGCACGAUGCCACGUUCACGACAGGAAGCGUUCGAGCUGAUGGUCGAGGCAGAGAAACCCUCGAAGUGCAUCAGGUUCCUGCGACUUUUGUGGAAGUUCUUCAGAUGCGUUUUUUCCCACGUGUCGUUGAUCUCGUUGGUCGUACUUUAUUGCGUGAUCGGGGCGUACGCUUUCGAAGCCCUCGAAGCAAACCACGAAAAAGAGAUAAAAAGAAACAUCAAAGACAUAAGAGGGAACGUAGCAGAACAGCUCUGGAAGAUCACGAAAGAAGUCGAGGUUCUGAUUCGUGAAAAUUGGACGGAGAAGGCGUUGCGAGAGUUAAAGGUACCAUUUUCAUCACUCACGUCUUGUAACGACCAUUUCUCUGCAACGUAUGCCUAUUUUUCUCCACAGAGUUUUGAGAGCAAUCUUGUGUGGAUGAUGGAGAAAGAAGGCUGGAAUGGCAGCGAGGGAGAAGAUGAUAUUCAAUGGACUUUUGCUGGUGCCCUAUUUUACUCUAUCGUGGUUAUAACAACUAUCGGAUACGGUCACAUCGCCCCGAAGACGAAGAACGGAAAAGUCGUGACCAUAUUCUACGCCAUCCUCGGUAUUCCCUUGAUGUUACUCUGCCUCUCCAACAUCGGGGACAUUAUGGCGUCGAGUUUCAGGUUUUUAUACUGGAGGGUGUGUUGCUACGUAUGCACGAAACCACCGACCAAGAAGAGACGACCGAGGUCUCAUUUCGGAAGAUCCCAUUCCGUUCGACAGCCAGGGCGGUACGGGGCUAGCAGAGGAACCUUUCGAAGAUCCAUCAGAAUGAGUCAGAGGUCUGCGGAUUCGGCUUUGGGUCUGUCCGAUUACAUGACGAGGUCCUCUUUCUCCGACACGGAGUACAAAUACAACCCUCGCCGGUACGAGGAUAACGAUCAGAAGAGACCGUGCCCUUAUCCCUCGGUGAAUCCGAAUUUCGGAUUCAAGUCAGCCACGGUGAGCAGGUACUCGGAUCUACCCGUGCCCAGCCCGAAAACAACCAGAGCCAGUCCCAAGAUGACCACGCAAUCGCUGGACAGGAAGUUGGUGAUGCGUUCGUUCCCCGACACCGAUCGCUCGGCCGUUCUGUGCAACAGAUACGCCUUGGACGAACUGGAGAACGAGCUGCGACGAUGGCAAACUUCCACCGGAAACGAAGAUGAAAAAAAGAAUAAACCAGACACUCCCGAGGACGACGUUAAACGCGCACCAUUGGCCAGCAGGUCGUUACCCAGGAGAUGUCUGUCGAUGGAAGGCGCUACCACCAAUUACAAGACGAAUUUAGCGCCUCCUCUAAGACCACCUUCCAUUUAUUUGGAAAUGGAGAACGGGAGGAGAGGUCAGAGUAUUAGGACCAAGCGUUACAGAAGCAACUACCCUGUUGCUCGGACUUACAGACGAGAGUCAUUAGCACCGGAUAUGAUACCAGCUAAUUAUCCCGGGCAUAGACAAAUAUAUCCUGACGAAUUCGAUUCCGAUUACGAGUAUUACAUCGAGGACCAGGAAAGGAAGCCCAUCAAACCAGUGCCCAUCUGGUUAUGCGUGUUCCUUGUGGUCAGUUACAUUUUCGGUGGUGCAUUUUUGUUCAGCGCCUGGGAACACUGGCCAUUUCUCGAUUCCGCUUACUUUUGCUUCAUCACUCUCACCACAAUCGGAUUCGGCGAUUUCGUCCCGGCGUAUAAGCUGGACGCUCACAAAGGGAUCGCGGUUUGCUCGUUGUACUUGCUAUUUGGAAUUGCUUUGCUGGCGAUGAGCUUUAAUCUGGUGCAAGAGGAGGUCAUCAACAACGUGAAGAACGUGGCGAAGAGGCUCGGGAUCAUCAAAGAGAGCGACGACGAGGAAGAUGCCGAGGACCUAGACGCGUACGACGUCGAAUACAACGACGAGGUCGACAACGAGCAGCUCGAGGGCUACGUCCUCGAUAGCCCUCGAUGUCACUCGAUGCCUCGAAACCCUCGCGGAAUUUCCAUCGCGUAUCCACGGCAGAUAUCUGAAAUAGCGGCAGGAAAGAUGGAAGGGGAUCGAGCAUCGUACUCGACGUCGAACAGAAACUGGCAGGGUGGAAGUUAUCGUAGCCGCGGCGGAAGGAGAAGAAAACGAAGACGGAAACCGUGGGCCGAGAGGAUAGCUGACUGGACCAGGGCUCUGAUAGCCUUCCUCUUCAGCAACGUCGGUAUAGUGUGCCUGGUGGUCGGAUAUACCAUAGCCGGCGCCUUCCUUUUCACCCACAUCGAGGGUAGAAACAGCAUGGACGUAACCGGGGACGCGAUCAGGCUGAGAAACCUGACAGCUGCCACCCUAUGGGAGCUUACCUCGAAGGAGAACGUGUUCUCCGAGAGGAUCUGGAAGGCUAAAGUGAGGGCGAUCCUAGAGAACUAUCAGAAGAUGCUGGUAACAGCUGUAAAGAAUGGGUACGAUGGGUCCGAGGAGAACAAGAGAUGGAGCUUCGCCGGCGCUUUUCUCUAUUCUCUCACGGUCAUCACUACGAUCGGCUAUGGAAAUAUUUGUCCAAAGACGAAAUGGGGCAAAGUGGCGACCAUAGUGUACGCCAUAAUAGGCUUGCCACUUUUCCUCCUCUAUUUGAGCAACAUCGGUGACAUUCUCGCGAAAAGCUUCAAAUGGACGUACGCUCGUUGCUGUCUCUGCAAGUGUCGCAGGAGGCCCCACGAAUUCGCAGUCAGGCCUCAACAGGAGGGUGGUGAUGUUAGGAGAAAUCAUUGGCAGAUGAUUGACGCGAAUGGCAGGGAAAUCGAUUCGUUCGACGUGGACAAGAUCUCUUUGGAAAACGACAGGGUGGAAGAGGGUGAUAGAAACGACGAAGACGAGGAGGAUGAUGACGACAGUAGCAGUUACGAUCCGCAACGCGUCACCGUCCCUUUAACCCUUUGCGUCGCGAUAAUGGUUGGAUACAUCUGGGGCGGUGCGAUCCUCUUCUCCGAAUGGGAAGACUGGAACAUGCUGGACGGUUCUUAUUUCUGCUUCGUCUCCUUGUCGACCAUCGGUUUCGGGGACAUCGUGCCAGGUGACAAAAUCUACGCCGCUCAGGCUCUCGAUUUAUCCUUCAUCUUCUGCUCCAUGUACCUGAUGCUCGGAAUGGCGUUGAUCGCGAUGUGCUUCAAUCUAAUGCAAGAGGAGGUGAUUGCAAAGGUGCGCGCAUUCCUGCGUACCAUUAAAUAUAUAUUCAGAUGCGACAGGUGACCAAAGCCGACCAUCAGCCACGUUCUACACCUUCUACCAUGUUUGUCCUCAGAUUCGCACAUCCGAUCGUUGCUGAAUUAGCUGAGAGACGCGUCUUGAGCGACGCGUAACCGGAGCGCACUCAUCAGCACCGGCUAAGAUACGGUGGUAUCCAGCGAGC